UUUUAUAACGGUUUAUUUAUUCUGCGUACACAAACUAUACAAACUACAUUAAACUCCCGCUGUCUUCCAUAACCAUUUGUCCAGGUCGUGUUGAAAUUAGUAUUUCAAACAUAGCAAUUCAGGUUGAGAUCCUCUCUGUCAACCUUGGAGAAAGGGGGAAACAGUGCUGUCAUAGUCCUGUUAGCAACUCACACAUAGGACACGGCUGAAUAAACACUAAAUAUGAACUAAACCCACGCCAUCACUGUCCCGUCCCGUCGGUCCGUCCGCACCUGUCUCGGCAGUAACGCACCGUCAGGCGUCCACUUCAGUCCGAAGCAGUUUAGCCGACUCAGCUGCAUUUCUCUGUGAAAUGCGUCUUCCGUCCAACCGAAGAAUUUCGUCAAGUCCAGCAGAAAUUUCACAUGAACGCGGUUCUCUGAACACAGUCCUGGUGCCGAAGUGGCACCCAGCCCAAUCCGUUCAGUCUGGGGGCGGUUCUCCUUUUCUUUUUAUUCCCUUUCCCUCGCACCCCCUCCCCUUGUCGCUCUUUAGUCUCGGCAUCCUUCCCUUCUUCCUAUUCCCGGGAUUAUUGUAUGGUGCAGAUUGCAACGCGAUUUAUACAUGUGCUCAUUUAAAGCGCUGGAAGGCACGGCUACCCCGGUCUUUGGAGGCAGCGGCGAUUCCGCGCCCGCGUCCUCCGGCUAAAUCCGUACCGUCGUCGUGUUUUGGGUUCAAACCGGUACGGCAGUGAUACACUGGGCAAAAUACCGGUAUCCGAGCGUAUCCGCGCUGAAUUGCAAAGAGAGAGAUAAAAAUUCAACGAAGACCCUCCGCCGCAGACGAAAGCCGAAAUUAUGAGGCUCACUGGCCAUGUCUAAAGUUGCUGUGAAGAAGCUACACUGGCACUCCAAGGUGCAGGAGAGCUUCGUCCCCCUGGGCGGGGCCUCGGGAGAGCUGGGCAUUGCUGUGGGGGGCGGGGCUGACUACGGGGAAUUUCCAUUCGUCACCGCAGCACCUGGGGGAGGGGCCACAGUCGGCGACAUCAUCCUGGAAAUCGGGGGGACCCCUGUGCUGGGAAUGACGCUGGGGGAUGUCAGGGGUGUCCUGAACUCCUGCCCCCACCCUAUCCGGAUCAAGACUGUUUCACCAGGGUCCACCCUCUGUAAGGACCUGCGGCUGUACCUGAGUAAGUGCUUCACGCCGGGCUCCGUGGACAGCCAGCUGCAGCAGGUGAUCCGGGAGAACCUGUACCUGCGGGCCGUGCCCUGCACAACCAGGCCACCACGGGAUGGAGAGAUUUCCGGGGUGGACUACAACUUUGUCUCCAUUGAGGAAUUCUUCUCCCUGGAAGAGUCCGGUGCCCUAUUGGAGAGUGGCAAGUUCAAGGGGAACUACUACGGCACCCCCCGGCCAGUCCACAUUGGGCCGGAGAGCCCCCCCAUCACAUAUCAGGAGCACCGUAACCUGCUGAGGAACUUCCGCACCCGCAGCAAAUCCCUGAGCAACCUGGAGAAGGCGGCAGAAGAGGGAGAGAACAGCGAGGAGGACUCGGGGCUGUCUGCGGGCUCGGUGGGGGCCAGCAGUGCCCCGCCCACUACCCUGUCCCCCAGCCAAUCCCGGGACUCCAGCGGCGGAGACGGCAGCACCCUGGAGAAUGGGGGCAUCGCGAGCGCUGGCCCGGGAGGCCUGCCCGAAAACUGGGACCUGUCGUUCAGUGACUCGGGGGAGCCGUGCUACAUGGAUCAGAACUUGAAGACGACCAGCUGGCUGGAGCCGAGGGCGCAGGGCAGAGCGACUGGCAGCAUGGAUGAGUUGCCGCCGUUCACCGACCUGCCUGGCGAGUUGCGAGGGUAUUCUGUCCACACCCGUUUGUGCAAAGGGCCACGUGGCUUUGGCUUCAACAUCGUGGGGGGCAGCCGGCCCCGGGAGUUCCUGCAAGUGUACAGUGUCACGCCGGGGGGGCCACCGACACUCAACACAGCGGAUAUCCUGGUGUACAUCAAUGACACCUGUGUCCUGGGCAUGUCCCACAAGGACGUGGUGGAGCUUCUGAAGGCCGUGCCGGUGGGCCACAGCGUGGACGUGGUGGUGCGGCGAGGAUACCCCAUGCUCUACAACUCUGACGGCUGCCCCAAACAGCUCAUGGCCAUGGCUCCGACCACGCGGCAGCCGCAGCCGCUGCGCUCGCAGACGCGCAGGCAGGCAGCGCCCCGCAUGCAGGCCACGCGGCUCCGCCUCGGGGGCCCCCGGCUCCCCCCUGGCUCACCGGCGAGCGCCAUCCUGGACGCCAACGGCAACGCCACGCCCGCAGGCCCCAGCAGCCUGCCCUCCUACCCUGACCCAAACGCAGACCCUAGGCUCAGGCCGAGCUCUGCUCGCCGGCCCCAUUCCCUGAUGCCGGUACCCCCGCCCCCCCCACACGACCACUCCCCAGGCCAGAGCGAUGUGGAGGCGGGGCUUGCUGGCACCUCACACAGAGCCUCCUCCAUCCGUAACCAUAACAACAACUCUCUCCCUGGGCCGGUCCCCCUCAACCGACCCCCUCCGAAGUCCCCUGUAAGCAGCCUUUCCGCCCCUGGGCUGCCCACCGGUAGGAUCUCGCUGUCCCAGCUGGAGGUGGGCACAUCUGUGUCCCCACGGGGCACUCGCCCCCGUGCCCUAGCCUCUGUGUCUGCGCCACCUGUUGCGGACGGCCCCCCCUCUGGCUUCAGCGGCUGGCCCUCGAGCACCGGACCCAGCCCCGGCAGCAGUCUGUCCCCCGGGGGCCCGACCGGGUCCUCAGGGGACCUGAUACCCGUGGUCCUGGGCCGGAGCGAGGGCAUGGGUGGCCUUGGCUUCAGCGUGACGGCUGGGGGCCAGGGGGGGCGCUUGGCCCUGGUGAAGAGGGUGUGGGACCGGCGGCAUUGCCCCUCUCUGCAGCCAGGGGACGCCAUCAUCAAGAUCAAUGGAGCUGAUGUGCAAAGCCUCAGUUUCGCUCAGGUGCAGAGAGCAUUGCAGGAGCACACCAAGCAAGGGGAUGUCACAUUGCUGAUAUACAGAGGCAGCCCCUCCUACUCUCCAAACUCCCCCGGUUCAGUCAGACAUGCUCCCCCCUUCCUCUACCGUGGCCCACAGCUUGCUGGGACGCCCGGCAACGCCCCCCCUAUGGAUGCCUUGACUCCGGCGUCUGCCCGCGUGCGUACCCCUUCCCCAGCCGUGGACCGGCCCGCGCUGGUCCAGAGCACCAGCUUCCUGGACCUGGUGCCCAUCUCGCUCACCGCCGAGCCGCGGGACUGGCUGAAUGUGGAAGAGGGGCCCGUCCCUGCAGACAAGGGCCACGAGGUGAGCCGGAGCCCUAUCCUCUCCAGGGCGGUGGAGGUGGAACUGAGGAGAAGGCCGGGAGAAGGCUUUGGCUUCGUUAUCGCAACCCAGGACUCGGAAAACGGUCGAGCUCCCCCCACGCUGCCGCAUCGCUUUGUGACGGUGCGCCGGGGCAGCCCGGCAGCUCGCAGUGGUCAGAUCCGUCCCGGCGACCGGCUGGAGGCAGUGGAGGGCCGCUGCGUGGCGACCUUGCCACACCGCGAGGUCACCCAGAUGCUGCGGCGUGCGGGCACCACACUGCGCCUCACUGUCGUGCCCCGCAGUGCAGUCAGCUACUCCUCCGCCCUCUCCGAGUCCAUGGCACUUGAGCCUGCCUACAGAGCCAGGAGAACUUACAGGUUGCGGUCCAAGGACUCCAAGUACUACACUGUGGACCUCGAUCGGGGCCCCACGGGCUUUGGAUUCAGCCUGCGGGGGGGCAGCGAGUACAACAUGGGUCUCUAUGUGCUGGGGCUCAUGGAAGGAGGCCCCGCCUCUCGAAGCCAAAAGAUACAGGUCAGCGAUCAGCUGGUGGAGAUCAACGGCGACAGCACGGCAGGUAUGACCCACAGCCAGGCCGUGGAGCAGAUCCGCCGGGGGGGGCACCGUAUCCACCUGGUGCUGAAGAAGGGAAAUGGAUACGUGCCUGACUACGUGGAGCUGUCCAGUUUGUCGCUGUGUAUGACCAACUCCAAACUGGGCGAGCCCUGUUUCUAUGUCGUCGGCCGGACAGAGAACAUGCGGUUGGUAACCGUUCCUACCGUGAUCCCCGCAGAGCCCCCUCCUUCUCCCCACUCCAUCCUGACCACCCGGGUGUGGCUCCAGUAGGCGUCUCUGACUCCUUCCUCCCCCGGAAGAGUCAGAGAUCAAAGGCGGCGAGGUACAGACAGGCUGGCCAAGGGUGGGGAAGGUGGGGCAAGGAGCCCUGAAAUGGACAUGGAUGCAGAGGAAGACGGAGGGCGCAGAGGAAGAUGAUGUGAGAAGUCAUGGACAGGGGUGGGACUAAGCUGAGACACUGGGGGGUGCCAACGGGGGGCAGUGGGCUGAAGAAGGACGGGGAAGGACAGGCCAUGGAGGUGGAAUAACAGGAACCAGAGUGGACCGUUGAUGUCAGCUGGCGUGGAAAGCCCCGCCCAUCAGUGCAUACCUAAUUAGGGGCUCUCUCUGCCAAAGCACAGCUGGGGUCUGAAUCGGGGGCUAGUGUGUCCAAAGCCACACUAGCUGGCAGGGGGGGUGGAACCGAGUGCAGAAAAAGGACGAAGGAGACAUGACCGAGACCGACGGGGACAGUAAUGCCUGCCUCACAACCAGCAUGAGCCCGCAGAAUAUUACAUUACUAAAGCGGGACUGUGAACCCUCCAUUGUCACUGCAGGGCAAUCUGGGCUUCAAAAUCCACAGUGGGCGGGGUUUUCGUCAUCGACAGUUCAUUGAUUGCCAGCCAUUGGUUAUCGAUGGCACAUUGCAAUUCCACCCAUGGUGGGUUUUGAGGCCUUGAUUCUCCCAGAAAUCUGCAAGCCCUGGUUAGUGAUGGUGUAUAGACAGGGGCGCCAUGAAGGGGGACGAUUCCAAGGGCCUAUAAAGAGACCCUAAAAAAUUUGGAGCAUAAUUGCAUUGGUCUUGAUUAGAGGACCUGUAUGAUAUACUUUAUUGGGGUCCAUAAUUUCUAGUAGCGCCUCCCUGUACAGAGCAACUGAGGUGUUGCCCAGUGAGAAACCCAGCAAGGCCACAGUUUCACCGAGUCCAUAAAAAGGCCCAGUUCUGUUGGUGGGUCCAUUGUGAGAUUAUCACCCUUUUCAGUCCCUUUGACAUUUGUAAUCCAUUGCAACACCUCCCUCUCCCCCCUUUUCCGGUCAGCAAAAUGUACCAUCCUGACUCGGUACCUCCCCAGAUAUUUCUCUUUGUAAAUGUAGCUCUCUGCAAAAAAGACUGGAGACCACUGUGUUAGAGGUUGGUAACAUGACUAGUACAAAACCCAGCUGUGGUUAAACCAAUCAGCUCCCCCCUAAACACUCCGCAUACAUCAGCUUCCCAGGCUCCUGAUCUACAGAUUGUUAUGAAUCUGCUGACCUGGACAUUCUCCAUGCUCUUCACUCUGUAAAUGCAUAAUUCCCACUAGAACUGGAAUAGCCUUGUGAGGUAAAUAUUGCACUAUAACAUGUAUGGCACUGGUCAAGUGUCCAGUGCAGUGUCAGUAGUAGGGCAGUGGUUCUCGGUUAGCGUCUGGGAGUGACCGGUAUUGAGCUCACAGCCUAACAUCCUGUUCCUGAACGCUCUGGCCAUGGGACGUGGUGCCGCCCCAUUUGCUGUAGCAGAUCAUGCCCUUGGGGCGUCACACUGUAGGAAGGGUCAUGCAAAUGCUGCCUGUAAAAUGGAAUAUAAGCCUAUCUAAGUACUACAUGCACCUUGGACAAAGAGCUGGCCUGGGUUUUCCCAAAAAUCUCACUGGUACGCUUCUUCUACUUUGAAAGAAAAGCGCAAUUUAUGCACUAUGCAAAUCGUCAGAAUCCUUCUGAUCGUCUCAUUAACGGUUGUCUUCUGUGGAUCAGUGUGUUCGACUCUGUGAAUGCUGUUCCUUAUACAGUGAUAUUUCCAUAACUUUUGCUCCUUCCUGGCAUCUAAUACUCAGCUUCCAGCGAGCCCCUAGUGCGUCCUUGGGCGCGAAGAGCGGUGGAAAGGAUAGGAAGGUGUUCAGUGGGAAUUGUAAACGCUUGUAAACAAAGAAUGGUUAGCAUGCCAAAAUGAAGUCUGUGGUAUACAGAUGAGGAAACAUAUUUGACCUGAUCUGAUUUGGUUAUUUUUUUCUUUAUAUGUUUAAUGUAGGAAAAAAAAAAAACAGUAUGGAUCCUAGUGUUUGACUUCAUUAAGAAAUCUGCCCGUUUCUCUCUCCCUCCCUUUCCUUCUAUCCUUUCUUUCUCUUUCCUUCUCUAUCCAUAUCCACUUCUCUUUUUCUCUCUGUCUUCCUUGCCCUCUCCCUCUCUUUCCCCCCUCUCUCCUUCUCUGUCCACAUCCUCAUCUCUUUUUCCUCUCUCGCCUUCUCACUCUCUCCCUCUUCUUCCCUCCAACUCUCUGCCCCUCUCUCUGUGUCUCUUCCCCUCUUUUUUCCUCUCCCUCUCCCGUUUAUUAAAUUGCAUGAUAGCCCCCUUCCUCAGGAGGCUAAAGAGCAUUUUAAUAUUAAUCUUCUAUGCAUUAGUUGAAGGCACGCUGGUAACCAAGGAUGUGUCAAGGGCCUUUGAGGUGCUGUUUACCACGGACUGAUGAAGCCAUGAGGUCUUACAGAAUCUAUAUAUAAUACUUUGUUAGGGGGAUAAUCUCCUCACAGCCAACUACUUAUGUCUAACCAGCAGAUUAUGUCUAAAAAUGCCAAAAGCUUCUGUAUUGUUUAAAGCAAUUUAUUUUCCUGUGAAUGUAAAGGUUUUUUUUUUUAUUAUUUCUCUGACACAUUACUGCCAUUGUUUAAGAGACGUGGAAACAGAGAAUGGUGUGGGGGCUCUGUGAGGACUAUUUGUAAACACAUUGUGAUGUCUUCAGAAAAGCUAAAGAACACUUAUUUUGAUUCAUACAUGGGCAAUGAUUCGGGCCAACGCUAGCUGGUUACAUGUCAGGCCGUAUCUUGAGAAAAACAGCCUGACUGCCGAUGCGUGGAGCAUCUCUGCCUGCUCAUGCCCACACAAAAUCUGUUUCCCUACGUCUGCUGUGCUGGGUUUUUUCUGGAAAAGAUGGGUGGGGGGUGGGGGCGGACCUCACUGGCACGACGCGGAAGGCUGCUGUGGCAUACGGUUUGAUUUUGCAGCGUGACCACGCCGUGCGUCUACUGCCGCUAAGCAAUAGGCUUGCGGGGGACAUGGGGCCAGCUGGACUGGGCCAUUUUCCGCUCUGAGGCCUGGGAGCAGGGGGCACAUGCUGGGCCGGUGAUUUAGCCACGGGUUUGAGACUGGGGUUUUGUCCAGAAAAGACCCACCCGGCACGUGAGCCUCCCAUCCUGAUUGGCCAGUCGCAGCCACACCCACCUCAGCGGCCUGUACCUAUGUGAAUAUAAACAGAUAUAAAAACAGCUAUACAGAUUUUUGUUUUCAUUAAUGCUGUAUUAUUACUGUUUGUCUCUGGAUGCUACAGGGAGUUUGAAAAUGAACUAUAUUACAGGUACCGAAAUAAAGUGCUUGAACAUGA